AUGGUGUGGGAGGAGCGCGACUACAAUACAAUCGCCAUUGGACAGUCGUCGAGGGAGAAUUGCGUGUUUGAAAAUCUUCUUCAAGAAAUAUCAGUGCCUGUGGUGCUGCUCAACAAAAGGUUGGAAUACCAAUACAACACAAAAUUCUCAAACGAGCUGCUUAUUCUGCUCUGCCUAAAACAACGCGGUGUGGCUGCCACCUUGGCAGAGCUGAAUGUAUUUCGUGGCUUGAAGCAAACGCGUAUUGUGGUUUAUGUGCCACAUGCGACCAAUCUUGAACUGGUCAAACAAUACUGCAAUGAUGCCAUGGCUAAUGACAUUUACAAUGUGCUAAUAAUUCAAAAUGACUUUACUGAGACGCACAACUACCACACCUGCAACAGGUUUCCGUUGGAAGCGCCACCCUACAAAGAAAAAAGUCUGAAUUCCACAGAACUCACUUCGAAUGUCAUCUUCGAGCAACAAUUUCGUGAUAUGCACGGUGCGCCAAUACGUACCUACCCGGACCAGCUUGAGCCACGCACCAUGCUGUACUAUAAGGAUAACGGGGAAUUGGAAUUGGAAGGAUACAUCGGCAGAUUGCUAAAGGUGUUCGCAGCCAAACGAAAUGCUACUCUAACCAUAGAAUAUCCUUUAGAGGUGGGAAAAACUACUUUCUAUGGUGUAUUGAUGGAGUUAGCGCAUAAUGGCAGCCUCGACAUAGCUGCAGGCCUGAUAUUUCCUCAGUCCAAAAGUGAGUUGGAGGCGAUGUCAUAUCCAGUGGAGACUUUGGAUUAUUGUUAUAUGGUACCACUACCCGAAACAGUGCCCAUUAAUGAGCUGUUCGUUGGCAUAAUACGGUCGCCCACACUUUUCUAUAUCUUCGUGUUUAUUGUAAUAUUUGCUGCACUGCUCACUCAUCUCAAUACUCGCAUGCAACUCAGUUUUAUUAACCUCUUCUUGAAUGAUAAAAGCAUUCGUGGCAUGUUGAGUCAAUCUUUCGUGAUAGCAGCCAAGCCGAGUUUGAGAGUAAAGUUCGUCAUAUUUUUACUUUGCUACAUGAGCAUCAUUACCAACACAACUUACCAAGCUUAUCUGCAAUCUUUUCUCACACGCCCACCUCUAGAGCCGAUGUAUCGUAGUUACGAGGACAUAGAAGCUGCUGGUCUUAAACUUGUAUUCCAUGCACAUGAAAUUGCUGUACUAUCUAAAUUAAAUCAGAGCUUUUCGGAGCACAUGCAUCUCACCGAAGUUGUCGCUGAUUUUGAUGUGUGGAUGAAGCAUCGAUCGCGUAUGAACACAAAAUAUGUGUAUCCGGUGUCAAAUGCUCGUUGGGAUAUCUUCAAUUUUCAACAGAGCCUCUUCGAACGACCAAUUUACUACUUUAACACGGAUUUGUGUUCUUCAAAAGUGCAUUUAUGUGUAUGCCCAGACGAGUAG